AUGGGCCUCUCCAAGCGAGAACGGCGCGACCUCAAAAAGCGCAUCAGCGAGAUUAUGACCAAAAUUGACAAGAAGACGGCCGAGCUGGAUUUUAUGACAAAUUCGCUCCGAGAAAUGAGUAGCGAAGACUAUGUCCUCAUGAUGAGCAAAGCGUCCGGUUCCUUGGAGCGACGCGCCAGAGAGGGUGUCGAUGGCGGCAGCAGCGACAAUUAUUACAACGACGUGGACGUCGAGGCACUGAUACAAGAAAAGAUCCGCCGCAUGGAGGAGGAACGCAUCGCCAAGGCUGAGUCCCUCGACCGACUCUGGAACAAGUUGUACGAAUUGCAACAAGAAGAACGAGAACUCGAGGGCCUGCCAAGAAUUGAUUAA